ACAUCUUUCUCUCUCAAAUUAAAAUGUGACUUGGUCCACCGGUAAAAGCGCAGUGGGUGAUGGAAAAGACCGCGAGUCGGAAAGGAAGAGGAGCUCCUCUGCCAAGCUGUCCCCGCGCUCGAUCCACUCGGUCCCAAACCCACAGUCAGGAAGAGACGCGGAGGAAAAGGAGAGCCGGGUGCGCCGGGUGGCGACCACCCCGACCGCACCGCGGGCCCCGGAGGAACGACCGACCCCAAGUCUCCUUGGGAAACGCUGCCCACCGCGAUGGGGGAAGGGCCGGGAGGGGUCCCGCGGAGCAAGCCACUCCCAGGGGGGUUCUCGGCCCCGCACGCCCGCCCGGGUCCCAGAGGGUGAAGCGAGGCGACAAGGGAGGCCCUGGCUCCGGGCCCCACCCCUCGCAACACGGCGGGGCUAGGGCUGACACGGCCGGCGGCAGCACCUUGCCGCAACACACAUCUCCCGACCCCCACGGUUCCCCGCCAUUUACCCCCCCCUCCGCCUCAGUUUCCCCACCCCCCGCCCGUCAGCCCCCUUACCCCGUGCCACAGUCCACCACACAGGCCGGCAGCCGUCCCGCCAUCUUCCUCCUCGCCUGCUGCUGCCGCUGCCGCCGUCUGCUCCGUGCUGAUUGGGGCCAGGGAUUGGCGGCGGGAGAUCGGAGCUAUCUGACCAUCCACAGCCGGGCCGCCCUCUCCGUCCGGGGGGGAGCCGGGAAGCCGAAGCAGUAGCGAGAAAGCAGCAGGCUCGGUCAGCGGCUACCACUUCCGCAACCCAGGCGGGCAGGCAGUCCCCGCCCUGCCCCGCCGAGGCCUCCUCCCCCUCUCUCUCUCUCCCCUCCUCCUCCCUCCUGCCCCCACCCUACAACUUCUUCCCCCCACGCCGCCUUGCCCCGGGAAGCCAAGAUGGCCGCCGGUGCCGCCGCCCCGGCCAGGCCAGGCCCAGGCCGCGAGCGCUCCCGCUUCCGGCUCCGAGCGGGAGGGGCGAGAGAGCAUGCGCAAACGACGUGCUGCCGCCGGCCUCCGCUCGCGUCCGGAUGUUAAUGAAGUCCACUUCGGGUUUUCCCGAGGGUAGGGGCGGGGAAGUCGGCCUCAGCUUCCAGAUCUCCUUCUGAAGCUGGAAGGGCUUUUUAGUUUCAAUUACUUGUGUGGUAGGUUGAGGGAGGAAUGGAACUGCAUCCGGCAGCCGCGAGUAUCUUCUCCAGUGCCCCGGGGAAAACCGGCCUAACAGAAAACGUUCUCAGCGGCACACAACAUUCUUGUAACUUGGAGAGUCUGCUUUUCUGGGUAGAAAAGCGAUUAUCAGACCGAGGGUGAGCAGUCGGGAGGGAUAGGUGAACAAAGGCUUGCACCGUGGCUCUUCUGCCUUUGUGCCGAGUUUUUAGUCAUUUACACCUGUGCAUUGUUACAACAUUGUCUAGAUUUGUAGGCUCCCCACCCCCAGGGUCAGGCCUGUACCCUCGAGGACAAAUAGUCCGUUAUUCAAGGCUUUUGGUUGAUGACAAAGAUUCCCUCGUAGUAAAGAUUGUACUAUUUUACUAGCAGGAUUAUACCAAGGAUUAAGGACCAAAAAAUUAAUUAGGAAAAAAAGGAUAAAAACUGGAGAGCCCAGAACAAUGGUUUUCAAACUUAAAUGUGCAUCAGAAUUACCUGGAAGAUUUGUUAAAACAGAUUUCAGGGCCACACCCCCAGAGUGUUCUGCUUAGUCUGAAGAAGGGCCAUGUGAUGGUCUGGGACCCCAUCUGGGGGGAACCUAGAAGUUUAAAAGCUUUCCACCAGGCUUAUCUUCUGAUAAAUCAUCAAUGUGCUUACAUGUCGGAAAUAAAAAAUAUUUUCCCUAA